AGCCCAUCUCACGGCUUUUAACAUCGCUUUGACCCCUGACCUGGCAUUCGUCUGCCUGCCUGCCUUUCGUUGCUGUUAUUCGUUAGGGUUUUCGAUUAGUAAGCUUCCGGCCAUCCCUCUCUUCAUACAGAGUAUAAACUAAACAUCGUAUAAUUUCAGUACUCGUCAUAAAUCAUUUAUUCUCGAUUGUUGCUCUUGAUGUUUGGCUUUAUUAAGAAACCAUAAACGGUGCAUUAGGCGCAUCUCGUUGAUUGCUCGAGCUAAAGAUGAGGCCGAUUUUCGUUGGCAAUUUUGAGUAUGAGACUCGCCAGUCGGAUCUGGAGCGACUGUUUUCUAAACACGGGAGAGUCGAUCGUGUUGACAUGAAAUCUGGUACUGAUGCGAACUUUCUUUUGUUUGGUUAUCGUCUCUUGAUGAACAUUCCUCUUUUCCUAUUGUUAUUUUCAAUUCCAGUUAUCUUAUGGUUAGUAAUUUGAUUGAUCUGUUCUCUCCACUGCUUACUGGGCAUCAGUGCUCAUUGUUCAAAGGAAUGUCUCAGUUAAGGCAUCAGUAUUUUUCUGAUCUGAUCUCAGUGUUUUUCUGAACAUGAAAUGGUGUGUUGUAAUUUUUAAGUCGUGCAUUUGUGAUUUUAUAGUCUGCAGGGAAUAGUUAUACGUGAUUUGUGUAGUAGGUUUCAUUUUUAUCUGCCUAGUAACACAUAUGUGCUCCUUACUUUCUCGAUGUAUAUAGUCUCACUGCUUGAUGUACUACACAGAAUCAAAUAAUCCUACAUGUGCUUGACCUCUCACAGGACAUCAACUUUUAAAUAAAGCAGUAUGAUUCUAUAUGGUUAGAUCAUAUUGUAUGCAGCACUCUAUAUGUUUAGAUCACAUAUGUGUGCAGAAGAAUGGAAGUACUAGCUAUGGCUGACAAUAGUUGCAGCAUAUUCUAAAAAGUGCAACCUUUAAUGGGAGAGAGAUCUUAAUGGAACAAUUUUUUCUGGAAAAAUUGUCAGCCAUAUUUAAGUGUUUGCUUUGACGCAGGGACAUGUCUUAAGGGAAAAUGAGCUUCUAUCUUUGGCUCAACACCUGUGUCUGCAAUAAUAAACAUUCUAAAGCAACGGAAACCUAUCUGUGCUAGCCUGCUCUCUUCUUCCACCCAUGGAUGGAAGUGUGUGCACGUCUACAUUUCUUUAUACGACCAUCAGUUCAUUGACCACCCACUCACUUUACUACUAUCCAUGUUGACAUUUAACAAGAAUGGUCGUGUUGCAAUACUGUCAGUUCAUCAUGCCAUGCCUACUACCAUCAAUCACUACUAAGUUUAAUGGGGAUCAAUCAAAGAAUUAUAUCAUGCCAUGCCUUCUACUUGUUAGUCUGAUCUCCCGCUGUGAAAUUGGUGAAGCAUUCUUAGGGAUGAGUACUCAGAACUCACAAUUGUGGAUAUAAACCCUUUAAUAAGCAACCAAAUCAUCAUUUACUUCUUGCAAUGCCUCUACAUCCUCUUGCUUUCUUCAGUCCUUCACAUGCCUGCAGGUGUUGUAUUCUUAUUACAUUCCACACCAGGAGAGACUUGCAAUAUUACAUGUUAUAUAAUGUUUCCGGAAAAAAACUGUAGUCCUUGGCUGAUCUAUAUACACUGUUUUAAUUUUUAAUGUGUUUAUUUUCAAUGGUAGGGUUUGCGUUUGUCUACUUUGAGGAUGAGCGUGAUGCUGCUGAUGCUAUUCGUCAUUUGGAUAAUGUUCCGUUUGGGUAUGACAAGCGCAGGCUUUCUGUAGAAUGGGCGAGGGGUGAACGUGGCAGUAGACACCGUGAAGGAACAAAGUCUGUGGCUAACCAGAGGCCAACUAAGACACUGUUUGUGAUCAAUUUUGAUCCUCACCGGACUAGAGUUCGUGAUAUAGAGAGGCACUUUGAACCGUAUGGGAAAAUCCACCAUGUCCGUAUUCGAAGGAAUUUUGCAUUUGUCCAGUUUGAAACUCUGGAAGAGGCAACCAAAGCUUUGGAGUGCACCCAUAUGAGUAAGAUACUUGACAGGGUGGUGUCGGUAGAGUAUGCCCUUAGAGAUGAUGAUGAGAGAGGUGACAGGCUUGAUAGCCCUCCUAGAAGAGACAAUUUAAGGCGUGGGGGUGGGGACAGCCCUUCGUAUAGAAGAUCACCAAGCCCGAUUUAUCGCAGAAACAGGCCCAGUCCUGAUUACGGUCGCGCGCGUAGCCCUGUCUAUGAUCGGUACAACGGACCCACGUAUGACCGAGUCAGGAGCCCGGAAUAUGCAAGGCACCGUAGGUAGUUUGUCCUGAAGGUACAAGAAUGCGUGAAGAUUGGUACUAAUGGAUGGUAUGAAACUAUGGACUUGUGUAAAUGCAUGGGUUGUGAAGCUCCAUUUUGUGUCAUACUUUGAAUGACUAAAAGAUAGCUCUAUCUUUAUCUUAUUUGUUGUUGAUUUAGGCCAUGCACUAUUUUGAUAUUGAUAUUCUGCGUACUUGAACUCUAAUGCCCAUAUGAGGAUCUAGUUUGGUCAAGGUUAUAAACAUCGGGACUUGAGGACAAUUAGAUUAACUCAUUUCCCCACCUGUGUUUUUGAAAGCUACAGAACAGACGGACAUUGUCACCUUCCGGAGCGUAGCUAGUUUUGUUCUUUGAACACCCUUCAUAAAAAAUGGACCCCCUUCUUUUUUUGGGCCCAUUUCAU